AUGAGACCUCCACCUGCAAUGCCUCAAUCUCCAAAUCAAGUUUGUAAGCUCCGUAAAGACUUUAUGGACUUAAACAAGCACCACGUGCUUGGUUUGAGAAGUUUUCCAAUGCCAUUCUUCAGUUCGGAUUCACUCAAAGUGCAUAUGAUUCAGCUAUGUUUACCCGAUCAACUAAGAAAGUUCAUGUUUCGAAAUGAAAGAUCUGGUCCUUUACGAUAUUUUCUUGGUAUAGAGGUUGAUAAGUCAUCAGAUGGUUGUUUUAUUUCACAAGUAAAAUAUGCCUCUGAGAUUCUACAACGUGUUGGGUUAACAGAUAACAAAACUGCAGAUACACCUCUUGAACUAAAUGUAAAGCUCAACCCUUUUGAUGGAAAAAUCUUUUCCAAUCCUACAUUGUAUCGUCAGCUUGUGGGAAAUCUUAAUUACUUGACUAUUACACGACCAGAUAUCAGCCAUGCAGUUCAUAUAGUUAAUUCAGAUUGGGCUGGUGAUGUCACAGAUAGACGUUCAACAACAGGAUAUUGCUUUUUCCUAGGUAACUCCUUGAUCUCUUGGCGUAGUAAGAAACGAACUGUAGUUUCUCGUUCUAGUGAUGAGGCUGAGUAUCGAGCUCUUGCACAUUCAACCUCUGAGAUUGUUUGGAUGAGGUGGCUUCUUGAAGAUAUGGGAGUUCAUUUAUCAUAA